CCCCUCCAAACAAGGGGCGCAACUAAACUUUCACUUCAGAUGAGUUGCACUUGGAGAGACUGUACCCUGCCCCGCUCUAGUUGUGUCUCGCGUUCUUGCAGAUCUGGCGCAAACCUGCAAACCCAUCCACAUCCUGUAGUCAGCAAUUCCAUCCCUAACGGAGGAAAACAAAGUGGAAGGAAGAAUUUUACUAAGUGUUCUAAAUAACGCGUUCUAACGAGCAACCUCCACUUGGCCGUCCGUCCGCAACACCCACGAGCUCCGUCAUAUAGAUAGGCUAGCGUAACUUCUUAUGCUUUAUAUAGUGUGUGUGCUGGGAGGCCGUUGCGUCGAUCGUGGUGUAGAAGGAAAACACGCUGUAGGUGCAAAACAAGAAGUGUAUUAACCCCGAAGAUCCAUGGCACGGAGGAUACCAUUGACGCUCAAUUUUUUUGCAUGAAAGUGAAAUCAGAAUACCAAGUGCUUAGGCUAUAUCAGAAUACCAAGUGCUUUCAUGUAUUGGAAAAAUGAGGUUUUGGCCCCUCUACCAGAGGGAGAUCAGGUUUUAUCCGAAGGAAUUCCCGCAAAACAGGUGAUUUCUCCAGGAAUGCAGCAGAGUGCACCGGGUGCCUCGCGCUGUGUGGAAGCCAAACACGGACACGUCAUGUCUCACUCCGACGGAGAAUCCCACAGAUCGAACAUGGAGAGAGAGGACACGCGCUCCUCCCCGAGUCCCCCCUCUACUCCGUCUAUCUGCUCGCCUACUUCCACCGCCUCCUCCGUGCCGUCCACCGGGAAGAACGUGUGCGCGAGCUGCGGUUUGGAGAUCCUGGACAGAUACCUUCUCAAGGUGAAUAACUUGAUCUGGCACGUGAGGUGUCUGGAGUGUUCUGUCUGCCGGACGUCAUUGCGUCAACACAACAGCUGUUACAUCAAAAACAAAGAGAUCUUCUGUAAAAUGGAUUAUUUCAGUAGGUUCGGUACAAGGUGUGACCGGUGCAGACGCCAGAUAUACGCCAGCGACUGGGUGCGUCGGGCCAAGGGCAACGCCUACCACUUGGCGUGCUUCGCCUGCUUCUCCUGCAAGAGGCAGCUGUCCACGGGGGAGGAGUUUGGCCUGGUGGAGGAGAAGGUGCUCUGCAGGAUCCAUUACGACACCAUGGUGGAGAACCUCAAACGGGCUGCCGAGAGCGGUAGUGGGCUCACUCUGGAGGGGGCAGUGCCAUCAGAACAGGACAGCCAACCCAAGCCUGCCAAGAGAGCACGCACCUCCUUCACUGCUGAGCAGCUGCAGGUGAUGCAGACUCAGUUUUCACAGGACAAUAACCCUGACGCACAGACUUUGCAGAAACUGGCGGACAUGACAGGUCUAAGCAGGAGAGUCAUACAGGUUUGGUUUCAAAACUGCAGAGCAAGACACAAAAAGCAUACCCCCCAGCACAGCGGACCUCCGCAAGGCCACCCCCAGUCCCGGAUGCCCUCCUCGCUGCCUGACGACCUGCAUUACUCCCCCUUUGGCAGUUCUGAGAGGGCGCGCAUGGUGGCCCUGCACGGAUACAUCGACAGUGAGUGUUACAUAGGCCACCCGUUCUCUGUUCUAGCGACACAGAGCCUGAACCCCCAUCAAUCCAUGUCACUGUCCCAGCUACCCCUCAGCCGCUAACUAACGGACGCUGCCGCCAUCACCCCUGACCUCUGACCAUGAACCCUGACCUCCCAUCAGCAACCUCCAUUCACAGACUCGACCCCAGUGGUCAAACAUGAUGACUUACAGAGAGGAUGAAGAUUCGAUGAGAGAGAGAGAGAGAGAGAGAGAGAGAGAGAGAGA